CCGUCUCCUAUGCUUAUGGAAGAUCCAAUAGAGACUAAAGAUGUUCCAAAAUUAAUACAGCCAAGAAAUCACAGAGCUAAAGUGUGUGUGUGGGCUGAUCUCACUGUUGAUGAUGUAGACAAAAUCAAUGAGUCAGAGAAUGCAGCACAUAUCAAGCAAGUGUUGGCAGAGGUGUUCCAUCUGAGUGACUACAAAGAAAAUCUCAAGUCUGGAAUUCUCCUUGACCUGUACUACUACACAAUACAGUUUGCUAAAGAAAAUGGUUUUAACAGAGAAAAGAUGUCUGCAUUGUUUUCUAUUGUGAAAAAGACACAUGAAGUUUGUAUAGAAACUCCAUUCGGAAAUGUUGACCAGACAUUCAACUAUUUUAAAGAGCUUGUGUUGUGUCAUUCUGUCAAUAGACCUCCCUACAGUAUUGAACUCUUUACUGCUGAUGAGAUCCGUUUGAUAACAGAAUAUGUAGUCAAUACAUAUUUCCGUCACUUCAAGAUGUAUAAAUACGCCUUCACACCACUGGUACGCCUCGAUUUGUCGUUGACCUACGUUGGAGUUCCUCCCUCACCACCUCAGUCUGAAGCGGGUGAGCCAGAUGUUCCUAUAGAGGAGUCGGCAGAAGAUCUGAUUACAGAGGAUCCGGAGAGGGAAUCAGGAGAAGGAGAACAAGGGGAGAAAACUCCUGAGCCAGAAGAGUCAGAUGCGAGGAAGGAACUGCGAUCGAUGAUUCAGACAUUCCUAUCAGAAGAAGUAAAGAAGAUGAAGGUAUCAGUGGAAGAACAAAUAAAAACGACAGAAGACACUCUCAACAAAAAGUUGGACAUUGCAGAGGGUGGUGCCAAGGGGGGGAAAGGAGGACGGGGUUCAGCCAAGGGCAAAAAGAAAUGAACUGCCCAUAUG